AUGGCUCAGUUUCCAACACCUUUUGGGGGCAACCUGGAUAUCUGGGCUAUUACUGUGGAGGAGAGAGCUAAACAUGAUCAACAGUUCCAUAGUCUGAAACCAACAUCUGGAUUUAUCACUGGUGAUCAAGCUAGAAACUUUUUUUUUCAAUCUGGGUUACCUCAACCAGUAUUAGCACAGAUAUGGGCUCUAGCUGACAUGAACAAUGAUGGGAGGAUGGAUCAGUUGGAGUUUUCAAUAGCUAUGAAACUUAUCAAAUUAAAACUACAAGGUUAUCAACUCCCAUCUGCACUGCCUCCUGUCAUGAAGCAGCCACCUAUUGCUCUGCCUAGUGCACCAGGAUUUGGUAUUGGGGGCAUUGCCAGCAUGCCAUCUCUUACAACUGUUGCCCCAGUGCCAAUGGCAUCUAUUCCAGUAGUAGGAAUGUCUCCACCAUUAGUAUCUUCUGUUCCUGCAGCAGCAGUACCUCCCCUGGCUAAUGGAGCUCCUGCUGUUAUACAGCCUCUGCCUGCUUUUGCUCAUCCUGCCACAUUGCCAAAGAGUUCUUCCUUUAGUAGAUCUGGUCCAGGAUCACAGCUAAACGCAAAACUGCAAAAGGCACAAUCGUUUGAUGUGGCUAGUGUGCCUCCUGUGGCAGAGUGGGCUGUACCUCAGUCAUCAAGACUGAAGUACAGACAGCUGUUCAAUAGCCAUGAUAAAACAAUGAGCGGACACUUAACAGGUCCACAAGCGAGAACUAUUCUUAUGCAGUCAAGUUUACCCCAGGCUCAACUGGCUACAAUAUGGAAUCUUUCUGAUAUCGAUCAAGAUGGAAAACUUACAGCCGAAGAGUUUAUUCUGGCUAUGCACUUAAUUGAUGUAGCUAUGUCUGGUCAGCCGCUGCCACCUGUACUGCCUCCAGAGUAUAUUCCACCUUCAUUUAGAAGAGUACGCUCUGGUAGUGGCAUAUCUGCUGUAAGUUCAGGAUCUGUAGACCAAAGGUUACCAGAAGAACCAGCGUUAGAAGAAGAACAGCAGCAACUGGAAAAGAAAUUACCAGUUACAUUUGAAGAUAAAAAACGGGAGAACUUUGAACGUGGCAAUCUAGAACUUGAAAAACGGAGGCAGGCUCUCCUGGAACAGCAACGCAAAGAACAAGAGCGUCUAGCACAGCUGGAACGGGCAGAGCAGGAAAGGAAAGAACGUGAGCGGCAGGAGCAAGAACGUAAAAGACAACUGGAGCUAGAGAAACAGUUGGAAAAACAGCGGGAAUUGGAACGGCAGAGAGAAGAGGAAAGGAGGAAAGAAAUAGAAAGAAGAGAGGCUGCAAAACGGGAACUUGAAAGGCAACGGCAACUUGAGUGGGAGCGUAAUCGUCGUCAAGAACUACUAAAUCAAAGAAACAAAGAACAAGAGGACAUAGUUGUUCUGAAGGCAAAGAAGAAGACCUUAGAAUUUGAGCUGGAAGCUCUAAAUGAUAAAAAAAAUCAGUUGGAGGGAAAGCUUCAGGAUAUCAGAUGUCGGCUGUCUACCCAAAGACAAGAAAUUGAAAGUACAAAUAAAUCUAGAGAACUGAGAAUUGCAGAAAUCACCCAUUUGCAACAGCAGCUACAGGAAUCUCAGCAGAUGCUUGGAAGGUUGAUUCCAGAAAAGCAAUUGCUUAAUGAUCAGCUAAAGCAGGUUCAACAGAACAGUUUGCACAGAGAUUCACUUCUUACUAUCAAAAGAGCCUUAGAAGCCAAGGAACUAGCACGUCAACAGCUUCGAGACCAGCUAGAUGAAGUAGAAAAAGAAACCAGAUCUAAACUUCAGGAAAUUGAUAUUUUCAAUAAUCAACUGAAGGACCUGAGAGAAAUACAUAACAAACAGCAACUACAGAAGCAAAAGAACUUGGAAGCUGAGAGGCUGAAACAGAAGGAACAAGAAAGGAAGACAGUAGAACUAGAAAAACAAAAAGAAGCUCAAAGGCGGAUCCAGGAACGGGAUAAACAGCGGCUUGAUCGAGUGCAACCAGAAGAAGAACUUCAGUGGCAAAAAAAAGUUCAGGAAGAUGAAAAGCAAAAAAGGGAAGAAAUAACCAAGAAGAAGGAAAGUGAGGAUAAGGGGAAACAGGAAAUGCAAGAGAAACUGAGUAAGCUUUUCCAACCACAUCAAGAGUCAAUCAAGCCAGCUGUCCAGGCUCCUUGGUCAAAUGCAGAGAAAGCUCCUCUAACCAUUUCUGCUCAGGAGGAUGUAAAAAUAGUGUAUUAUAGAGCACUGUAUCCUUUUGAAUCAAGAAGCCACGAUGAAAUCACUAUUCAGCCUGGCGACAUAGUCAUGGUUAAAAGGGAAUGGGUAGAUGAAAGCCAGACUGGAGAGCCAGGGUGGCUUGGUGGAGAAUUGAAGGGGAAAACUGGAUGGUUCCCUGCAAACUAUGCAGAGAAAAUACCUGAAAAUGAAGUUCCAGCUUCUGUAAAGCCAGCAGUUGAGGCAGCUGCUGCACCUAAAGUUUCUGUGCAUGAAACCACGACAUCGCUAGGAACUUCUGCUUCUACAGAGUCUACUACAACUGCCAAUAACUGGGCAGACUUCAGUUCAACAUGGCCGACAAACGCUAGUGAGAAACCAGAGACUGAUAACUGGGAUGCCUGGGCAGCUCAGCCAUCUUUGACUGUUCCCAGUGCAGGGCAGCUGCGGCAGCGAUCAGCCUUCACUCCUGCCACUGUUACAGGAUCGUCUCCCUCUCCUGUCUUGGGUCAGGGUGAAAAAGUGGAGGGGCUUCAAGCACAGGCUUUGUAUCCUUGGAGAGCAAAAAAAGACAACCAUCUUAAUUUCAACAAAAAUGAUAUCAUCACAGUUUUGGAGCAGCAAGAUAUGUGGUGGUUUGGAGAGGUUCAAGGACAAAAGGGGUGGUUUCCUAAAUCAUAUGUGAAGCUUAUUUCAGGCCCCAUUAGGAAGUCAACGAGCAUGGAUUCUGGUUCCUCAGAAAGUCCUGCUAGUCUGAAAAGAGUAGCGUCACCAGCAACAAAAGCAACUAUGUCAGGUGAAGAGUAUAUUGCUAUGUAUACUUACGAGAGUUCUGAACAAGGAGACCUAACUUUUCAACAAGGUGAUAUGAUUCUUGUGACAAAGAAAGAUGGCGACUGGUGGACAGGAACACUGGGUGAUAAAUCAGGAGUUUUCCCCUCUAAUUAUGUGAGACUCAAAGAUUCUGAGGCUCCUGGAGCAGCUGGAAAAACUGGAAGCUUAGGGAAGAAACCUGAAAUUGCCCAAGUUAUUGCCUCCUACACAGCAACGGGUCCAGAACAGCUUACUCUUGCUCCUGGUCAGUUGAUUCUUAUCAGAAAGAAGAAUCCAGGUGGCUGGUGGGAAGGAGAGCUCCAAGCACGAGGGAAAAAACGGCAGAUAGGAUGGUUCCCUGCUAAUUAUGUAAAACUUCUGAGCCCUGGUACCAGUAAAACUACACCAACCGAGCUACCUAAAUCAACAGCAUUACCUUCAGUGUGCCAAGUAAUUGGCAUGUAUGACUACACUGCACAGAAUGACGAUGAGCUAGCGUUCAAUAAAGGCCAGAUUAUAAACGUCCUUAACAAGGAAGACCCAGACUGGUGGAAAGGGGAGGUGAAUGGACAAGUGGGUCUCUUUCCAUCCAACUAUGUGAAGCUGACAACAGACAUGGACCCAAGCCAGCAAUGGUGUGCAGACUUGCAUCUUCUGGAUAUGUUGACACCUACCGAAAGAAAAAGGCAGGGAUACAUCCACGAGCUCAUCGUCACAGAAGAGAAUUACGUAAAUGAUCUGCAGUUGGUCACAGAGAUCUUCCAGAAACCACUAAUGGAAUCUGAGCUGCUAACAGAAAAAGAAGUUGCAAUGAUUUUUGUUAAUUGGAAGGAGCUGAUUAUGUGCAAUAUAAAACUACUGAAGGCUUUGCGUGUGCGUAAGAAGAUGUCUGGAGAGAAGAUGCCGGUGAAAAUGAUCGGUGACAUACUGACAGCUCAGCUGCCACACAUGCAGCCUUACAUUCGGUUCUGCAGCUGCCAGCUCAAUGGGGCAGCGCUCAUCCAGCAGAAGACAGAUGAAGUCCCUGAUUUCAAGGAGUUUGUUAAAAGGUUAGCAAUGGAUCCUCGCUGUAAAGGAAUGCCACUAUCAAGUUUUCUACUAAAGCCUAUGCAACGGGUAACAAGAUACCCACUAAUAAUUAAAAAUAUAAUAGAAAACACUCCUGAAAACCACCCUGACCACAGUCACUUGAAGCAUGCUCUUGAGAAAGCAGAAGAAUUAUGUUCUCAAGUAAAUGAAGGCGUGCGGGAGAAGGAAAACUCAGAUAGGCUGGAGUGGAUCCAGGCUCACGUUCAGUGCGAAGGCCUGUCGGAGCAACUCGUAUUUAAUUCUGUUACAAACUGCUUGGGACCACGCAAGUUUCUGCACAGUGGGAAACUCUAUAAAGCCAAGAGUAACAAGGAACUGUAUGGCUUUCUGUUCAACGAUUUCCUCCUCCUGACUCAGAUCAUAAAACCUCUUGGCUCUUCUGGCACAGACAAGGUCUUCAGCCCCAAGUCUAAUCUGCAAUACAAAAUGUACAAAACUCCCAUUUUUCUAAAUGAGGUACUAGUAAAAUUACCCACAGACCCUUCUGGAGAUGAGCCCAUCUUCCAUAUCUCCCACAUUGAUAGAGUCUAUACACUGCGGGCUGAAAGCAUUAAUGAAAGGACCGCCUGGGUUCAGAAGAUCAAAGCUGCUUCAGAACUUUACAUAGAGACUGAAAAGAAGAAGAGGGAAAAGGCCUACUUAGUUCGCUCACAAAGAGCGACAGGCAUUGGGAGGUUGAUGGUGAAUAUUGUUGAAGGCAUCGAACUAAAACCUUGCAGGUCCCAUGGAAAGAGUAACCCGUACUGCGAGGUGACGAUGGGCUCUCAGUGCCACAUUACCAAGACGAUACAGGACACCCUCAACCCGAAGUGGAACUCCAACUGCCAGUUCUUUAUCAAAGACCUCGAGCAGGACGUGCUCUGCAUUACCGUGUUCGAGAGGGACCAGUUCUCCCCGGAUGACUUUUUGGGCAGAACAGAGAUCCGUGUGGCAGACAUUAAGAAGGAUCAGGGUUCGAAGGGACCAGUUACAAAGUGUCUCCUUCUGCAUGAAGUCCCAACAGGAGAGAUAGUCGUCCGACUAGACCUGCAAUUGUUCGAUGAGCCUUAGGAGGAAAGGGACCAAUGUUUUAUUCCAGUCUGAAUUCACUGCAAUAGGUGUCUGCAGAAGCUGUCACAAAAUCCUUACUGCUGUGGUAUGAAACUACUGCUUGCCCUUCACACAUAAGAGGGUUAUCAAAGCAAACAGGAGCAUCUUUGUGCCUUGAUAAUUCUCACUGAAAAAUGAAUCCCAAUUUAGUGAGGAGAUCUCCCUCGACUUCUCUAUGUGGAACUUGACGUUAGUUUCUGAAAUGGCCUAGCUGUUCGUUGUGCUCCAGUCUGAAAGGCUGGCAAACCACAUAGGUUGCUGUGCGUGCUCCAGUUACCCUACUCUUUAAUUUACACGACGAAGGCAAUGUUGGUAUGUUUUGGAGGCUUUCUGCAGGGUUUUCCCCCUUAAGGAAUUCUGUGCCUAUUGCUCAGCAACAUGGUGUGUAAAUGUAAUGUGAAUGGAAGGAGCAGUUACGCAGUAAGAAGAUCUUUGAAGAUCUUCAUGAUGGUACUGAAAAGACUUAGAAAAUAAAUAGUUUAUAUCUAUA